AUGAAUUGGAACUGGAAUAUGAGAUACUGGACCCCCGAGUACUGGAAAGGUGCCUUUUGCUUCACAGCCCGAGAUCUUGUGAACCCUCAGAGUGAGCUAGCUCAAAGAUAUCCCCAUCUCUAUCAGGUGUUUCGACAUCGUCUGGAGUCUGCUUAUGCUGCUCGGGACAAUAGACCGGUCUCGUUGUGCUCUCAUACAAGGCUCCCUCAUGGCUAUAAGGGUUUUCGGAGUGACACUGACAGUUUCCAGAAGAAGAAUGAAUUGUUUGGUUUCUGCGACUCUUCCGAACGAGGCAAGAAUGCCGCACGCAAUCGCAUGAAUAACAUGUGUAGCGAGAUUACCGAUCAAAUGGAUGUGUAUGGCACGGCUGGCCAAGGAAGUUUCGGUUCUGUAUUUCUUGCCCGCGAGCGAAGCGACAGCAACAACCAGAAUAACCCCGAAAAUCUCAAACACUAUGCCGUCAAAGUCCAGCAGCACAAUACCUUGCUUGGUGCUGAGAAUACAGGCCAUCGGGGUCCUCCCAAUGGACCAGUACCAGACAACCGAAAGUCCCUUCGAUAUGUUCCCGAAGAGGCGUUGAUCAUGCUGUUUCUUACAGACAGUGACAGAUUUCCCACCCUGGACGCAGUCUAUACUCAUGACCGCUACCAAGCCAUCGUCAUGUCUCCCUGUAUCGACUACAACACUGAACGACAACCGUCACCACCGAAGGAUCACUCCCGUCGAUUCCCCGCGCUUACAGCGAGAUACUUGCUAACCAAGGAUCAUAAACCUUUGCUUAACCCGACUGAGGGAGGCAAAGUUGCAACACAGCUUUUCCAGGCUAUGAGACAGUUGGCUGAUAUGAAUGCCUGGCAUAAUGACAUCUCAGUCAACAACAUCCUGGUGGAUGAGAAUUUGAAUGCUCAAAUGAUCGACCUCGGAGACUUUGGUUUCGCCUUGGAAGAGCGAGACUUUUUCGAGCGCCACUACAUGUACGUCCCUUUCCAGGAGUAUCAAUUAUCCCCCGAGUUGGCACAGUAUAUUUCCAACCAGGUGGGUAGCGCUGUUAAUUUCGAGGUCCCUCAUGAUGCCCGCCAGGAGAGCAUGUGGAAAUUUGCUACUAUGAUCUACGGCAUCCUCCACGGCUUCUGGCCCUGGAAUGAGGCCCCGAAAGAUGGAGGUCGUCAUCCAGAUUUGCUGAAUCAUCGAGUAUACACCGAUCCCCGGCACCUUCUGGAUCGGCGUCAUCGUAUUCUCAAUGCUCCUUUGCCCAUUGAUGAGAAUCUGCCUCAAGACUGUAAGGAUGUGCUACAAGCUUUGUUCAGUAAGAAUCCAGAGGAUCGACCCACACUCGCUGAGUUGGAGGGUUAUCCUUGGUUUUCGCAAUGGGCACGAGAGACUCAAUACUUUGAGCGGCCAUUCUCGAGAGAUUUCCAGAAAGUAGCUGUUCAGCUCAAGUAA